UCAUAUUUAGAGUUUACGUGCAAGAAUUUACAAGCUUGGCUAAAACAGCGUGUAUAACUGCAUGUGCGAAAUUACAUCAAACUAGUGCUAUAAAUCAAUUAACAACAAACGUCAUCAAUAUAUUCAAUUUAUGUUCUUCUUAUAUCUUCAAUCCGCGUUAAGUAAGUUAUCAAUAAGACCAAAAAUUCCAGACAACCAAGAAGAAUCAUAAUCUGAUAACUAAAAAGAUGUCGUGGGUACCUCUAAAUCUAUCAAGCUUCUGCACAUCUAAUUCUACAUUAUCAGCCUGUCAAUCAUCCAGCUUUAUGUUUCUUGCACUCAUCGCUGAUCUUUUCGGACACUCUGAAGAUUCAUAUCCCAAUAAGAGAAUAGAGGAAGAAUAUGAUUUUAUUAUUGUGGGAGCUGGAUCAGCCGGAUGUGUCGUUGCAAACAGAUUAAGCGAAGUGAAAAAUUGGAAGAUAUUGUUAUUGGAAGCUGGUAUAGAAGAACCAGAGCCAGCUGAUGUUCCGGCUUUUGUCUCUAUAUUACCUGGAAGCAAUAUCGAUUGGAUGUAUCGCAUGCAACCGGAGCAGCAUUCUUGUCGAUCCAGGAAAGAUGGAGGUUGUGCGAUGCUAAGGGGUAAAGUGAUGGGUGGUUCCAGUACUACCAAUUACAUGAUAUAUGUUCGUGGUAAUGCAAAAGAUUAUGACGGGUGGGCAGAUGCAGGAAAUCGUGGCUGGAGCUAUGAAGAAGUUUUACCUUACUUUUUGAAAUCAGAAAAUAAUAGGGAUCCACAGAUAGUGGAAGACAAUCCACUCUAUCAUAAUCAACAUGGUUACCAAUCGGUACAACGAUUUUCAUAUGUCGAUAUUAACGCCGAGAUCUUGCUGAAUGCGUGGCAAGAACUAGGUUACAAAGUCGUGGAUGUCAACGCAAAGAACCAAGUAGGUGUCAUGAAGGUACAAACGACAUCCGCUAAUGGAACACGCCAAAGCACUAAUAACGCUUUCAUACGACCCAUCAGAAGCAAACGCAAAAAUUUAACCAUCAAAACAGAAUCAUACGUUACGAAAUUGGUUGUAGACAACAAAACAAAACGUGUAACAGGCGUCGAAUAUACUUCAGGAAACAACCGAACUAAAUUAAAUACAGUUUUUGCUAGAAAAGAAGUGAUUCUCUCGGCUGGAUCGAUUAAUUCACCAAAAAUCCUCAUGCUGUCUGGAAUUGGACCAAGAGAAGAAUUAGAGAAACACGGUAUUGAAAUAAUUAAUAAUUUAUCAGUUGGAAGGAACUUUCAAGAUCAUGUAGGAAUGUAUGGUCUAGUAAUUGCACUGAAUUUUACUUCCACGAAUAAAAAUAUUUUCAUUAAGGAGGAAGAUAUUUUGUCUUAUCAGAAGACACAUAAGGGACCUUUAUCUGCAAUUGGUCCUACUUCUAUCAAUGCUUUCAUUCAAACAAUGCUUCAAGAUGAGAAUGGCGUGCCUGAUAUCCAACUAAUUCCUGUUACAGCUGAUCAAAAUGAUUUUUUAAGUUAUCCAGCCGAAUCUUUUGAUAUACCUCUUAUCCCAUUACUUUAUUAUGAUGCUAUGUCUAUUAUUCCAUUUUUAUUGUCACCUAAAAGCAGAGGAUUUAUAUUGUUAAAUGAUGAUGAUCCUUUUUGGGCUCCACCUUUAAUUUACCCUGGUUAUUUUACAAAUAGUAGUGAUUUGGACGUAUUGAUAGAAGGGGUGGAAGCAACAUUAAAAUUAUUUGAUACAGAAUCGUUUAAAGAGAAUGAUUUUAAGUUAAUGGAUAAGCCUUUACCCGCUUGUAAACAAUUUGAGUUUGGUGUUAGGGAUUAUUGGAAAUGCGUAAUGAUGGAAUAUACAGGCACUCUUUUUCAUUCGGCUGGAACUUGCAAAAUGGGGCCAAAAUCGGAUCCUGAGGCUGUCGUGAAUGACAGGUUGAAGGUUUAUGGAGUCGAUGGUUUGAGGGUUGUAGAUGCCUCGAUUAUGCCAAAGAUUGUUAGGGGAAAUACGAAUGCGCCUACUAUUAUGAUCGCGGAGAAAGCUAGUGCUAUGAUUAAGGAAGAAUGGUUGUUUGGCAGAAUUUGAGUUAUAUAAUAUGGAAUGGAUUAAAUAAAGCUUAAAUAUGAUAGUUAAUUGUCUCUACUUAUCUGCUGCAAUACUAAAAUAAAUAUUAAAGUAAUAAAUAAUGUAAUAUUGUAUUAUCAAAUUAUAUGUACACAAUAG